AUGGAAUACCCAAAAGAAAAUUUUAAAAAAAUAGCAAAAUCACUUUACCAAGAAACUAAUUAUAGAAAAAAAAGAGAGUUAUAUAAUAAAAUAAAUAAUCGUUUAAAACUAGACAACAAAAUAAAAAAAGAAAUUACAAAAAAUAAAAACAACCACAGUUUAAUAAUUAAUAACCCACCUUUAUUAGAAAAACUAUUUUGGACAGUUUUUAGAAAUAAACCAAUAUUCAAUACAAUAUUUUCAAAUUUUAUUUUUAAAAAAUCAUGUAGUUAUGAUGAUUUAAUUGGUACUCAAUAUAUCUUCAGUAAAUUCACAAAUGCAAUUAAUAUAAUAAAAGAUAAAAUCAUUAGUAACAAUUAUGUAUUUAGAAAUGAACAACAAGACAUAAUUGAACUAUUCAAAAAUAUUAUAAAAAAUAAUCAGGAUAAUAGAGAUUUUUAUGAUAUACUAUUUACAAGGUCAAAUAUUAAUUUCACAAAUUGGAAAAAAUGGGUAAAGUUAAUUAUUGAAAGUGGUAAUGUAAUGGCACUAAAAAUAUAUAUAUUUCAUUUUAAAAUUGGUCCUCAAGAAAUUCAAAAUACUUUUCCCUUGACAUUCUACCACUUUAAUGGAUAUUCAGGAAUCAAGAUGAUGUACCAUCUUAAAGAAAAUUAUGACCACUCUUUUAAACCAUCCAUCGAACCUCUGGUAAACUUUAGAGAAAUUAAUUAUAUGUGUAAUGGUAAUAAUCAUUAUAUGGGUUAUGAUCUUAUAAACAUUUUAAACCCACACUUAAAGUUGAAACAACUUAUCAAGCUAUAUAAAUAUAUAAUUACUCUAUAUUAUAAUAAUAAUAAUUGUUUAAAUAAUGGUACAUUUAAAUUUAAUAAUUUAAUAAUAGAAAUAAACAAAAUCACUUUGAACCACUUUACAAAAAACCAACUAAACUCCACCAUUAGAGAUUUAAUAAUACAACACAAAACUCAGCUUUCAAAUCAACAAGAUGUAUACAAUUUAAUAGAGUUAAUUCAUAAUUAUUAUAAAAUAAUAUUUCAUCUUAGCAAAAAAUACCAAAAUAAACUACAUAAAACAAGAAAGCCAAUCGAAUACUACAUUUAUUUUAAAGGAAUUGAUAGAGCAAAUGGCCUAUUAACAUCAGAGGAAGAAACGGAAAAUUGCACACUACACAGGGUCCAAGAUUUUUUUCAAGCUACCCUCUCAAAUAAACAAGAGAAAAUAGAUUUCAUCAAUAAAACCCAAUCCCUCAAAAUCCUUGGACAUUUAGCAAACCUAAUACUCUCAAACAACGAUAUAGAACUUAAAAAUAAUUAUGAAAAGAAAUUAGAACCUUAUUCAAGAGAUAUAAUUUUUAAACAAAGAGCCCUAGAAUCCAUUUCAAAUACCAAAACACUUGAUUUUUUCUUCAAGAAGGAUCUUUAUUUUGAAGAUGGGAAUGAAAAUUGGAAAUAUAUCAAGAAUAAAGAAAUUUUAAUAUAUUACGAAAUGCUAAUGAAACAAUCCUCGAAAAAAUUUAAAGUAAUCGAAUAUGAUUAUGAUUUAAACAUUUAUAUGUUUAUUUUAUAUAGGGCUUUAUUAAACCCGUCUGUAUAUAGAUUCGAUAGUUGUAAAGAAUUAAGGAACAAUAGUUAUUUAUCAGACACCAAUCCCUAUUUAUCAGCACUCAAUAUUAUUAUACAAAAAAAAGAAGAUAUUUUUCUGAAUUAUGAUUUUUCUAUAUUUCAAUAUUUUCAAAAACCAACCCAACUUAUUUAUCAAAUAUCAAUCAAUAUCUCAAAAGAUCUAUUUUAUAAUAUUAGAAGAUCAAACAUAUCAAAAAAUUUCGACUUUAUCUUCAUUUUAUAUCUUUUUUAUUGUGGUCGUAUAAAAGAAGGCAUUGAAUAUUUAGAGCAACUUUCAACUUAUUGGGAUAUCGAAUUAUAUUCUCAAGAGUAUAAUAUGCUCUUCGAACUUCCAUUUAAACCUUUAGAAAAACUAAUUGUUUUUUUUAUUAAAAAAGAAAAAGUCAAUAACUUUAACCUUUUGAUCAAAGUUGCAGCAAUAAAAGGUUAUUUGCAAAUUUUUAAGAAGGUAUUUUCAAAAUAUGGUAUCUUUUUAAAUAAAAACUCCUCUCAGUAUAAAAAAGAAAUAGAAUUCUUCAUCUCAAUUGCCAGAUCCUUCAAUAAUGAUAAUUUAGUAAAAUUUUUAACAAAUCAUUUAAAUAACAAAAUUAAAUAA